GAUUUUAUUGCAUCCUCCUAUUACGACCAUUGCUUGUUAGAAUGUUAAGCUGCUUGCCCUUUUUUCGAAAACACUUGAAGGCCACCAAGCCUGCUGCUCCUGUCGCAAAAACGACUGUUGUAACUGGAACUCCUGAUGCCAGCAAAGAGUUGGUCUGUAUUAUGGAUGACUUUAUGGAGCUCUUUUGUCAGUCUGCACCUGAGUAUUCGCCCAUAUUUGGUCUUGACAGAUAUCCUGACGAGAUCUUCAACAGCUCCAAAGAGUUUCACGAAAAAAACAUCGGUAUCGUUACUAAGCUUUCUGAACGAGCUGAAGCAAUCGAUGCCAGUCAGCUCUCUAUCAAGGAAAAGGACGACCUUAAACAGGUCAAGGGAAGUUGUACUGAGAUUCUUCUCAGCGACACUUGCUAUGGAUAUGAAAUCCCUGCUACUCACAUGUAUGGCGCCUUUGCUAGCUUCCACUCAUCCAUAUCUGCUUUCCAGUCUCUCAAAACUGUCAAGGAUGCUGAAAACUAUGUUACUCGUAUCAAAAGAACUCCUGAACGAUUUGGUCAUUGCAUUGAUGCUUACCGUGCUGGCAUCGCAAAAAAGAUUACUCUUCCCGCUGAAUCAAUCAAGCUGAUGAUUGAUCUUUGCGGAAAUAUGGCUGUGGCUGAUCCCACUGAAAGUAUUUUCCACCAAUUAUUCAAGGAAAAAUUUGUCGCCAUUGACCUUCCAGAAGAUUAUGCCAUUGCUGCUAUCCGCGACUACCUUGUUCCUGCUUAUACCAGUGUCAAAGUAUUCCUCGAAAGCGAGUAUUUGCCUCAUGCACGUAGUACUGCAGGUAUAUACAGUCUUGCUGAUUCUCAGCGUGUCUACAAUGAUCUGAUCUAUCUCAACACCACUGUGCGCUACACUGCUGAUGAGCUUCAUCAGCUUGGUCUCAAGGAAGUUUCUCGUAUUCGUGCCCGCAUGGAGGAAACAAAGAGCAAAGUGUUUGAUGGCACCUAUGCCGAGUUCCUUGUCGCCUUGAAGGACAAGAAACAGUUCCCUCAGCUGUAUUUUGCCAGUCCUGAUGAUUGUGUUCCUUACUACAAAGAUUUGAUCAAGCGCAUUGACAAGAAAAUGCCUGAGCUAUUUAGCAAAUUCCCCAAAUUUGAAUGCGAUGUCAAAUCUGUUCCUCCUGCGGCCGAGUCGUCAUCUCCCAUUGCCUUCUACCAGCCCGGUACUGCUGAAAAGACCGGUACUUUCUCCACCAAUCUGCUUCUUUCUAAAGAUUCUCCUAGACACUCUGCCAUGGCACUGACACUACAUGAGGCUAAUCCGGGUCAUCAUCAUCAAGUGUCUCUUGCACUUGAAAUGCCCGUCUCUCACACUUUUCUUAAAACCGUGUCCAACACUGCCUAUGUUGAAGGAUGGGGUCUGUAUUCUGAAUUUCUUGGAGAAGAGAUGGAGAUGUACGACACUCCAUACGACUUGUUUGGUCGCUUAGAGCUUGAAAUGUUCCGUGCCCUGCGUCUUGUUGUUGAUACUGGAUUGCACACACUCGGAUGGACCGUUGACAAGUGUGUUGAAACCAUGUCAGAACAGCUUUCUAUGUCGCACGAAGAGAUUGUCAGUGAAGUAAGGCGAUAUUCGAUCAUGCCAGGUCAAGCACUUGCUUAUAAAGUUGGUGAGAUCAAGAUUCGGGAAGUUCGAUCUUAUGCUGAAACUGCACUUGGAAGCAAGUUUGAUCUUCGCGCUUUCCACGAUGUUGUUCUUGAUCACGGAUCUGUUCGUCUUGAAACUCUUGAGCUAAAUGUCAAGGAAUGGGUUCAGUGCAUUCUUACCCAGUGUGCUAUUGAGACCGUUGAUGUAGCCAAGAUUGAUGCCUGAUUCAAGUCUGAAUGGUAGUGGUUUUUACUGAAUCUGAUCUACAGCCGGUAUUCACGUAAAAUGAAACACCUUUCUGUAUUCAUCUUGCAAUGACUCUUGUUCCGAAAUAAACCAUGUUUCAACAUGGGUUGUUUUUCUACUAC